AUGGCAUCCCUAGACAAAGAAGCCAAUAGGGAUAAUCACGAGGUAGCAGACCUCAAGAGAUCUGAACUCCUCGAGAUCGACGCCACCCGUGAUCUCACCGUCGAAGAGCACAACCUCGGCUUCCGCGAGGCCACUCGCCAGUAUCCAUGGGCCGUCUUCUGGGCUCUCUUCUUCGGCAUCGCCGUUAUCAUGGCGGGUUUUGACGCCCAAAUCAUCACUUCUUUCUACGCCCUACCUGCAUUCCAAACAAAAUAUGGCGAGAAGGUCCACGGCGGCGACGGCUAUGAAGUUCCUGCGCCGUGGCAGACAGCUCUGGGAAUGGGUAAUCCGAUCGGUCAGAUUCUCGGAGCACUCGCUAGUGGUUAUCCCCUCGAGAUGUUUGGUCGAAAGAAAACCCUGGCGUUCUGCUGCGUCUGGUCCAUUGCCCUGGUGUUUGUCCAGUUCUUCUCUACAAGCAUCGGCAUGCUCUGCGCUGGCGAAAUUCUCGGUGGCUUAGCUUAUGGCUUCUACGUCGUUAUUGCACCGACUUAUGCUUCAGAGGUGUGUCCUCUUGCGCUGCGAGGUUUCCUCACAACUUCCAUCAACAUGGCGUUUGUGAUCGGUCAAUUCAUCGCUCAAGGCUGUGCCGCUGGUGUAGAGACCCGUAUGGACGAGUGGGCGUACAAGAUCCCUUUUGCGAUCCAAUGGGUCUGGCCCGCGAUCCUUCUCGCUGGACUUCCCUUUGCUCCCGAGAGUCCGUACUGGUUGGUUCGCAAGGGCCGACGCGAGGCAGCUCGUUCCGCGCUCUUGGGCCUGUCUUCAAGCACCAACAGACCGGAUAUUGACAAGGCUCUUGUGGGAAUUGAGCAGACAGAUCUUCUGGAGCAGGAAAUUGAGUCGUCGACAUCAUGGAUGGAGUGCUUCAAGAGAGCAAAUCUGGUUCGCACUGAGAUCUCAGUUAUGGUGUAUCUUAUCCAGGUCAUUGGUGGCAACCCGCUUAUUGGAUAUGCAACAUACUUCUUUCAAAAGGCCGGCCUUGAUCCCUCAGAUGCAUUCAACAUGGGUGUUGGUAACACCGCUCUAGGUUUCACCGGAACUGUUCUCUCGUGGUUCCUACUGAACUGGUUCAAACUUGGUCGACGAACGAUCUACAAUGCUGGCAUGACUGUCAUGACGACUCUCCUCUUUAUCAUCGGAUUCAUCAGUAUCUCCAGCACCACCAGCGCUGCUAUCUGGGCUACUGCCACGCUGAUGGAUAUCUGGACCUUUGUGUACCAAAUGACUGUCGGACCCAUCUGUUUUGUCAUCAUUUCCGAGAUCUCAGCCACUCGUCUUAGAGAAAAGACGAUUGCUGUGGCUACAGCAGUACAGGCUGCCGCCUCGGUCGUUUUCACGAUUGUCAUGCCUCUGAUGCUCAAUACUGAUGAGGCCAAUUGGGGUAGCAAGACGGCUUUCCUGUUUGGUGGAAUCAGUCUCGUGUGUCUUGUCUGGUGUUACUUCCGGCUUCCUGAGAGUCAAGGUCGUACGUUUGAGGAACUGGAUAUUCUUUUUCAGAGACGUGUUCCUGCAAGACAGUUUAAGCAUUUCGAUCUACUCAACGGGGUGGAUAACACUGUGAGUAGGGAGGGUUAG